AUGUUCACCUCUGCCCUGCCCGCAGAAUUGGGCUGCGGCCUUCUGCCGGAAAGCCAAUGCGGCUUCCGUCGUCAUCGUGGGACCACGGAGAUGAUCUUUGCCGCCCGUCAACUUCAGGAGAAGUGUCAGGAGAUGCGGACCCACCUGUACUCUACCUUCCUGGACCUGACGAAAGCCUUCGACACGGUGAAUCGUGAAGGACUGUGGAAGAUCAUGCAGAAAAUCGGCUGUCCGGAGCGAUUCACUCAGAUGGUGCGUCAGCUGCACGAGGUUUUGAUGGCGCGAUCACGGACAACAGAGCUGUCUCAGAGACAUUAGCAUUGACCAAUGGAGUGAAGCAGGGCUACGUACUGGCGCCUACCCUCUUCAGUCUUAUGUUCGCUGCCAUGCUGAUGGACGCCUACCGCGACGAACGCCCCGGAAUCCGCAUCGCCUACAGGACGGACGGUCACCUCUUGAAUCAACGGCGGAUGCACUUCAAAUCGCGCGUAUCCACAACCACCGUGCACGAACUCCUCUUCGCCGACGACUGCGCCCUGAACACCACCUCGGAAGAGGAGAUGCAACGGAGCAUGGACAUGUUCUUCGCCGCCUGCGAGAACUUCGGUGUGGUCAUUAACACGCAGAAGACGGUGGUGAUGCACCACCUGCCACCCAACUCAGCCGCAACCCCCAACGCGCCGCAAAUCAGCGUGAAUGGGACUCAACUGCAAGUGGUGGAGAACUUCCCGUACCUGGGGAGCACUCUCUCCCGCAACACCAAGAUCGACGACGACUGGAUUUUGAAAGCCAAUCAAGCCUUCGGUCGACUCCAAAGCACAGUUUGGAAUGUUCAUGGUCUCCAAUUGCGCACGAAGCUGAAGAUGUACAAGGCCGUCAUCCUGCCGACACUACUUUAUUGAGCGGAGACAUGGACGGUGUACGCAAAGCAGGCACGCCGUCUGAAUCACUUCCACCUCAGUUGUCUUCGUCGCAUCCCGAGGCUGAACUGGCAGGAUCGAAUCCCCGACACUGAUGUGCUGGAACGGACGGGAAUUCUCAGCAUCUACAUCAUGUUGAGACAAGUGCAGCUGCGCUGGAGCGACCACCUGGUGCGCAUGGACGAAAAACGACUACCCAGACGACUAUUCUACGGAGACGUCGCGACGGGUUCUCGCCGUCAAGGAGGCCAAAUUCGCCGUUACAAGGAUACCCUGAAGUCCUCGCUGAAACGCCUGCAAAUCAACCCCACCAACUAAGAGGAGCUUGCACUAGAUCGACCGACCUGGAAAAGAGUAGUGAAGACAGGCGCUGUGAUCUACGAAGCCAACCGCAUCGCUGCCGCCAAAGCGAAACGCGAAGCCCGCAAAUCACAUCUCCGCCCAGUACGCAACGCCGCCGCACGACCGCUUCCAACGUGUCCUCGAUGUCAACGGAUAUUCCGGACUCGAAUCGGACUUGUUGGACAUCUUCAGAUUAACUGGGCCCUUCGAACUGCGCCAACCAUCGUCCCCCCGUCCGCCUCUUUCUCCUCCUCUCCGCCGCAAACUAACUCUGACAAUUUGUCUGACCCACCACUUCCAUCCUCCUCCUCCGCCUCCUCCUCCUCCUACUCCUCCUCCUUCUCCUCCUCCACCUCCUCAUCCUCGUCCUCCUCCUCCUCCUCCUCCUCGCCCACUGCUCCAACGACAGCCGCUCAGGCGACUGUCCCGCGCUUAACAACCGACACAACCACCACCUCCCCCGACUCCAGCGAUGAGGAUCAGGACUACACCUGCCCUCACUGCGACCGCACCUUCACCUCACACAUCGGCCUAGUCGGUCACUUGCGAAUCCAUUGCACGGAGACUGACGAACCAGUGCCUGAAGCACCAACCUACACCCGCCACACUCGCCUCCACCGCCCACACUGCCCUCGCACCUGCAGGCAUCGCAUGGGCCUAUUCGGCCACAUGCGCAUCCAGGAGAGCGGCCUUGACCGCACUCCCGACACACCCACCACAUCUAGCACAUCAACCGUGCACACCCCCACCCUCGCUUCAUCCGUAUGCGCCACAACCACUGCCACCUCUGUAGCUGACACUGGCACCGCCGACUUCUCAUGCCCACACUGUCCAGGAGCAUUCAUCUCGCGCAUAGGCCUGGUCAAUCACUCGCGAAUCCAUCGCACAGAGAUUGGCGAACAAGUGCCUGGAGCACCCACACAUACCCACCAAGCUCGUCUCAACAGCCCACACUGUCCUCGCACUUUCAGGCAUCGCACGGGCCUAUUCGGCCACAUGCGCAUCCACGACGACCUGUGGUAG